AUGCAGUCCGCUGCUGAAAGUGAUUCAUCAAAACUUGAUCAACAACCUUUCUAUAGAAUUCUUGAAACGCACAUACAUUCCGGGUCUUCAAACCAGCCGACCCCAUCGGUCACUGCCUCAACAAGUACUACCGAGCCCGGCAAUAUCAGUAACUCCAACAAGGCCUCAACACCACUAGAGCCGAACUUUUCUCCAAUACUGCUCAGCUCGGAUUGGUCGACGGAUUCGGAGGAAUAUAAAGUGAUUGAUCAACUUGACCUCACUGCAUCAGUCGAGACUUUAAAUCGGCACAGCGUAACAACCACCGCUUCAGUUGCUAAAUCGCGCGAUACCGUCUCCAGUAAGAUAACGCAACCUACUUUGCCCCCGCUACCAGCAUCUGUUACCCAUCUUUUAUCCGGCACCCCCUCGAAUAUUUCAUCAUCUACGCCAGCCACUGCCACUUCUCACUCGGUUGCCGCUUCUGCUGCAAAUUCUAGCGACAUUACCAACAGCAAAAUUCUGGCUAGUACCCCACCUUUGCCAUCCAGUUUACAACCCAUCUCCUCACCAUCUCAGGUAUUCACCAUGAAACAGCAGAUCCAGCAUCCGGGCUCUCUACAUUCUGGCCAGCAGCAGUCUCAGCGUGGGCUACCUGGAAGACAGCAGCUGCAGCAGCGCAGGAUACAGUUUUCUGGCCAUCAGCUCCCAGCGCAGCUUGAUCUUAUUAAUACUCAGGUCGUGAUUGCAGCGGCCGGUGACAUCACUGCUGCGGCCGUUACCAUCAGUGCGAUGCCGGUCACAUCUGUCACAGCUUCGUCGAACUUGAUGCAGCCUACUUCAGAGAUCGUGACGGAGCGCAGUGUAGUGAGCAAAAAAGUGCAGUCCAAAAAUUCUUAUGAAGAGCCGGAUGAAAUAUACGAAUUCAAUGCCGAUUCGUCCAUUUUCACCAACUUUUCCAUUCAGCAACAACAUUACGGUAUGGAACGCAGUGACUACGGUAGCAAUGCAUCAAGACUGGGUUUCAGAGAACAAAAGCAGAAGCAACAGCUGCAUCAGAUGCACCAAAGCGCAGUGAAACAGACUAAUACAAACCAACAUGUGAAUGGCUCUGUACCACAGCUGAACCAGAGAAUGGGCGUUCCUGCACCGGGAUUCGCACCGCAUCCACCUGGUUCAGCUACAGCUUCAGCAUCUGAGUUACAGUCUGCACAGCACCCCAAUACACUUGCACAGCCGCAGCAACAACAGCAGCACACUACAAAGCACAGUGCACAUUUGGCGCAAAGCACCCCUGCUCAAGAUGAAAUUCGGGAAGAAUUAAAGAGUCGAACUGCAAUACAUCAAGAAGACGCGAAUCUGGCACACAGAACGAUGACCGAAGGAUCAGAAAAAGUGGAGUUGUUAAGUCCUCCGGUAGCAGCAGUUUCGCCAGUACCAGUAGCAGCUCGAGGUGUCUCAUCUUUGCAGCAGCUGCAGCUGGAAGAUGACGACACAUGUGUGUUACCACCAGAUGCAGGACGUUGCUUCGAAUACGUGCCGCGUUGGUUCUAUAAUUCACAAACCGGCAAAUGCGAGCAAUUCUCAUAUGGAUCUUGCGGCGGCAACUCCAACAACUUUCUCGAAAGGCAUGCCUGCGAAGCAAAAUGCGCUCAAGGUACCAUGUUUGUGUGUUGCAAGAAAUAA